UGCAAGUGUGCAGUGUCGGGGCUCCAGGAACAAACAUUCUUGCUGCAGAAGCUUUACAGCGGAAUUAGGAUUUGCUUUAUAGUUAAAGAUUGCAUCGAUAUCUUCCUGUUUAUCACUGUGAAGCUGCUUUGACACAGUCUGUGUUGUAUGAAGCGCUAUUUAAAUAAAGGUGACAUGACUCCAGACAUCGACCAUGAUCCUGUAAAUGUGUAUGUUGUUGCGGUGCACUGGGCGGAACUAAUGUGCGGGCGCCAGUGUUUCCGGCGGGGCUGUUUUUCCGGCAGCGCGUGACUGUGCCAGUCAAACAUGUCGAGUUCCUACAAAAACAGGAUCCAGGAGUUUAAGGCGACUCUGAGCGAGCAGAAGAUCGAUCUCAAGGCUUUGCGUGAGCUCUGCUUCAGCGGGAUCCCGUGUGAAGGAGGCAUUCGUGCGCUCUGCUGGAAGAUCCUGCUGAAUUACCUGCCGCCAGAUCAGGCGUUAUGGGAGACGUUCCUGACAAAACAGAGGGAUGUGUACGCCCAGUUUUUGCGAGAGAUGAUCAUUCAGCCUGGGAUCGCCAAGGCAAACCUGGGUGUGUCUCGAGAGGACGUGACGCUGGAGGAUCAUCCUCUGAAUCCAAACCCGGACAGUCGGUGGAACACCUACUUCAAAGACAAUGAAGUUCUGCUGCAGAUCGAUAAAGACGUCAGACGGUUGUACCCAGACAUGGCGUUCUUCCAGCGGCCCACCGACUUCCCCUGCCAGCUGAUUCUGGACCCGCAGAACGAGUAUGAGACGUUACGGAGACGCGUGGAGCAGACGACUCUCAAAGCCCAGACGGUGAACCGGAACCGCAGCGGCGUCACUAACGUGAGUUCUCCGGGGAAGGCCUUAAACCUGUAUCCCUCUAACGAGUACGAGGUGUUACCGAACGGCUGCGAAGCGCACUGGGAAGUGGUCGAGCGGAUCCUCUUCAUCUACGCCAAACUCAACCCGGGCAUCGCUUACGUUCAGGGCAUGAACGAGAUCGUGGGUCCCAUUUACUACACCUUCGCCACAGACCCCAACAGCCAGUGGAAGGAGCACGCGGAGGCCGACACGUUCUUCUGCUUCACCAACCUGAUGUCUGAGAACAGAGAUAACUUCAUCAAAAGUCUGGACGACUCUCAGUGCGGCAUCACCUUCAAGAUGGAGAGCGUCUUCUCCAAACUCAAGGAGAAAGACACGGAGCUCUACAUGAGGCUGCAAGAGCAGAACAUCAAGCCGCAGUAUUUCACCUUCCGCUGGCUGACGCUGCUGCUGUCUCAAGAGUUCCUGCUUCCAGACGUCAUCCGGAUCUGGGAUUCGCUCUUCUCGGAUCAGGAUCGGUUUGAGUUCCUCAUCCCCGUGUGCUGCGCCAUGCUGACACUGAUUCGAGAUCAGUUACUGGCUGGAGACUUUACAACUAACAUGAGAUUACUGCAGGAUUAUCCCAUCUCUGAUGUUCACGCCAUCCUCAUCAAAGCGAAAGAACUGCAGGACAGUUUGUAGCAGCCACGCCCCCUUAGGCUCCGCCUCCAGCCUGAUGAUUGACAGCAGUGCCGCCCAUCUCGCCCGGGUGGGAUCCAGCGUUUGCCUUUGUGUGAUUGAGCGUUUGGUCUUACCGUCUCUCAGGUAGACACGUGUGUGUGUGUGUGUGUGUGUGUGUGUGAUUGUGUGUAUGAGUGUCUUUCUGCAAGUGUGUGUGUGUGUGUGUGUGUUCACGGCGCUCAAGCUGUUUAUUGUUGCACUGAAUGAUUUUAAAGACCAACACACACACACACACACACACGGCGCAGAUGGACUCCAGAAACACUCCUGAACUUUGGUCUUAAAUACUACAUUAUAAAUACGGAACAGAACAAACGAUUGGUCACGCGAUGGACUUUAUACAGCUGUAUUUAUAUCAGUGAUUGUUUACUGUCUCUGUUUAUUUGUUUGUUUCAUUUAUUACUUGAUCAUGUAUCUUUCACAAAUGAACAAAACUACAGUCGUGCAGAUGUUUGGAGAGUCUCAGCGAUUCUUCUGUGAGCGAUCUGAAGCGGAGCAGACGGCGGGUCACGUGACCGUGUUCUGUUCUGAAGAAUCUUUCUGAUCGCUCGACAUCUCAAGAGUCUUCAGACGGCAGACGAGUGUGUGGAUUCGUUCAGGGACAGGGAGACACUCUUUGAUUCUGGUAAACGAAUCUCUCCAGAAGCGGCUCGACACUACGGACGCGUCACUGAUCUCAGAUCAGCUCUUCCGGCGUCUGCUCAGAGUCUCUCAUUCAUCUGCUGAUCGGACGCCUUUAGUGUCCCAUCAUGCCUCUUUUCGGUGGCGUCAUCAAUCUUCCACUAAUAAUCUGCAUUAAUUGCUCUCCAUGCGUUUGUUCUCACUAAUAACCGAGCGCUCGUGUUUCUCCGGGGGGAAACGUGGGAUUGAGCGCCGUGACUCGUUAGAAUCAUUAGUGUUUUUAUAAAUGUGUUUAUCGCUGCAGUUCGUUUUUUUUAAUGUCAUGUUUUGUAUUUUAAAGCUCAGAGGACGUUGGGAAAUGAAGGAUCUUCUUUUAACGGGGAAUGUCUGGCCACACGUGUCUUUCUGUGACUGUGUUCGUUCAUUAUGUACAUUAAAAAACAUUGUUUUUCUUUUGCAUGUGAAGAUGUUUUUUUGUAUGAACGCAUCGAUAGUUCUUGCUGUUGUAUAUCAAUGUUUUUACAGUGCUUGCGGAUGCACAAUAAAAAAAAAAUUAAAUCUUAAAA